CGGGUCCAUUUAAAGACCUCGGCGCUCGGCCGCUUGUAGUCCGAGCUCGGGGACCAAGCAGGUGCUUGCGUGAAGCGGGCCGAUCCUCUGCGUCACCAAGCUCAUCUCCUGGGGGAUGGGGUGGACGGUGUUCCUUUGACGGACGCUUGUGUACCCCCGGCCCCGGGUGGAGUGGAGACCAUGGCCUGUCCUCGGGGCUCCCGGGCUCCGCUGGAAUUCGGGGGACCCCUGGGCGCCGCGGCGCUGAUGGCGCUGCUCCCCGCCACCAUGUUCCACCUGCUCCUGGUGGCCCGCUCGGGCCCGGCGCGCCUGCUGGGCCCACCCCCCUACCUGCCGGGUCCCGACGUGCUGUGGAGCCCGCGGGUGCUGCUGCUGUGGCUCACCUGGCUCGGCCUUCAGGCGGCUCUCUACCUACUGCCGGCGCGCAAGGUGGCCGAGGGGCUGGAAUUGAAGGACAAGAGUCGCCUGCGCUACCCCAUUAACGGCUUCCAGGCCCUGGUGCUGACGGCCCUGUUGGUGGGCUUGGCAGUGUCCGCGGGGCUGCCUCUGGGGGCGCUUCCGGAAAUGCUCGUGCCCUUGGCGUUUGCGGCCACCCUCACCUCCUUCAUCUUCAGCUUCCUUCUCUACCUGAAGGCGCUGGGAGUCCCUCCCUCCGCCCUGGCACCUGGGGGGACCUCAGGCAACCCCAUCUACGACUUUUUCCUGGGACGGGAGCUCAACCCGCGCAUCUGUUCCUUUGACUUCAAAUAUUUCUGUGAACUGCGGCCUGGCCUCAUCGGCUGGGUCCUCAUCAACCUGGCCCUGCUGAUGCAGGAAGCGGAACUUCGGGGGAGUCCCUCACUGGCCAUGUGGCUGGUCAACGGCUUCCAGCUACUCUAUGUGGGUGAUGCUCUCUGGCAUGAGGAGGCUGUUCUCACCACCAUGGACAUCACGCACGACGGGUUUGGCUUCAUGCUGGCCUUUGGGGACCUGGCCUGGGUGCCCUUCACUUACAGCCUGCAGGCCCAAUUUUUGCUGCACCACCCGCAGCCCCUGGGGUUGCCCAUGGCCUCCGCCAUCUGUCUCAUCAACGCUCUUGGUUACUACAUCUUCCGAAGAGCCAAUUCCCAGAAGAACACCUUCCGAAAGAAUCCUUCUGACCCCAGAGUGGCUGGCCUCGAGACCAUCCCCACGGCCACGGGGCGGCAGCUGCUGGUGUCCGGGUGGUGGGGUAUGGUCCGCCACCCCAACUACCUCGGGGACCUCAUCAUGGCUCUGGCGUGGUCCUUGCCCUGCGGGGUGUCUCACCUGCUGCCCUAUUUCUACUUCCUCUACUUCACGGCGCUCCUGGUGCACCGGGAGGCCCGGGAUGAACAGCAGUGCCUACAGAAGUACGGCCUGGCCUGGCGGGAGUACUGCCGGCGCGUGCCUUACCGAAUCCUGCCCUACGUCUACUGAAGCAGCUCUACCGACCCCGGGCGGGGGCCCGUGCCCACCCGCCCAUCAGCGCACCCAGCACCAGGAGCCUGGCCCCCUCCCCUGCUCUGAGCUCCCACAGGCAGGGGUGAACAGCCUCAGGGAGGUGCUCCGGAGAGAGGAGAAAUGAAGCCAGUGCCCCAAAAAUGGGGGUGCAGGGGCUGCUCGUCCUCCUCGGAUAAACAUCUGGAACCCUUGGUA